UAAGUUACACAAGUGUAAGGAAGGAAGCUUUGCCAUCUGUGACCGGCUCACUUCUCUUCCUUUGGCGUGCCCCUCGCACCGCAAACUUCACCAAAUAUCUGUUUUCUUUUUCAUGCUGGAGGUUCUUUGCUGUGCCUGCUCAGCACUUCCACUCCUCUCCCCGUUAGCUCAUCGUGAGCAAGUUGUGCUAAAUGCCAAAACACGAGAGCGCAGCACAUUCGCCAGCACCACGCUUGUGCCUGGCAGCUCCUCGUCCUGCAGCUCAACCUUCCCAAAUCUCACCCCGGGAAACACCCAGGGAAAGGAUCUCACUCCUCAUCCUGCAGCUAAACCUUCCAAAAUCUCACCCUGGGCAACACCCAGGGAAAGGAUCUCACUGAGCUCUUCCUCAGAGGGGAGGAGGGGAGAAGCCGCUCACUUCUGCAGGCAGCAGAGCAGGAUCUUUUGUGCGGAGCUUUGCCCUGAGGAGCGGCUUUGGGAAGGAAGGGGAGGCAGGAACGGCGGGCUGCGAGCACCAGGGGCUGCCAUGCAGUGGAGGGAGCUGCCUGCCAUCUACCUCGAGGAUCCCGGGAGCCCCGUGCAGAGAUCCUCCUAUCUCAUUGAGCUCCAUACUGAUGAUGGAGGCAGCUAUGACGUGGUCAGCGAUGCCUCCAGCCCCGCGGCCAGGGAGUGCUGUGCCCAGCAGAGCUCUGCCCGCCACAACUGGGAGAUGAACUACCAAGAGGCAGCCAUCUACCUCCAGGAAGGAGAAAAUAAUGACAAGUUCUUCACUCACCCCAAAAAUGCCAAAGCACUCGCUGCCUACCUCUUUGCACACAACCACCUUUUCUACCUGAUGGAGCUGAGCACGGCCCUGCUGCUGCUGCUGCUGUCCCUGUGCGAGGCCCCAGCGGUCCCCAUGCUCCGCCUGGGCAUCUUUGUCCACGCUACCCUGGAGCUGUUCGCGUUAAUCGUGGUCGUCUUUGAGCUCUCCAUGAAGAUGAGGUGGCUGGGCUUCCAAACCUUUAUCAGGCACAAAAGGACUAUGGUCAAGACGUGUGUGCUGUUGGUGCAGUUCAUCGAGGCCAUCGUGGUGCUGGUGCGCCAGACCUCGCACGUGCGCAUCACGCGCGCCCUGCGCUGCAUCUUCCUCGUGGACUGCCGCUACUGUGGGGCUGUCAGAAGAAAUCUGCGACAGAUCUUCCAGUCCCUCCCACCAUUUAUUGACAUCCUUCUCCUCCUGCUUUUCUUCAUGGUGAUUUUUGCUAUUCUGGGUUUUUACUUGUUUUCUCCUAACCACUCGGAUCCAUACUUCAAUACCUUAGAGAACAGCCUGGUGAAUCUCUUUGUGCUUUUGACCACUUCAAAUUUCCCUGAUGUGAUGAUGCCGUCCUACGCCCGCAACCCCUGGUCCUGUGUCUUCUUCAUCGUGUACCUCUCCAUCGAGCUCUACUUCAUCAUGAACUUGCUUCUGGCUGUUGUGUUUGACACUUUCAAUGACAUUGAGAAGAGGAAGUUCAAGUCCCUGCUGCUGCACAAGCGCACGGCCAUCCAGCACGCGUACCGGCUGCUGGUCACCAAACAGAGGCCAUCUGGAAUUUCCUUCAAGCACUUCGAAGGGCUGCUGCGGUUCUACAAGCCUCGGAUGUGUGCCAGGGAGAGGUAUCUCACCUUCAAAGCACUGAACCAGAGCAAUACCCCUUUAGUCAGUCUAAAGGAUUUUUACAAUUUCUAUGAAGUUGUUGGCUUAAAAUGGAAGGCCAAGCGGAACCGCGAGCACUGGUUCGAUGACCUGCCACGGACUGCCUUCCUUAUCUUCAAAGGCAUCAACAUCCUGGUGAAGUCCCGUGUGUUCCAGUACACCAUGUACACUGUGGUGGCUGUGAAUGGAAUUUGGAUUCUUGUUGAAACCUUCAUGCUGCAAGGAGGGAAUUUCUUCUCCAGGAAUGUCCCUUGGAGCUACAUAGUCUUCCUCACAAUCUAUGGCGUGGAGCUGCUCCUGAAGACCACUGGGCUGGGGCCUGUGGAGUACCUGUCCUCAGGCUGGAAUCUCUUUGACUUCUCAGUCACCCUGUUUGCAUUUUUGGGGCUCAUGGCACUGGCAUUCAACAUGGAGCCCUUUUACUUCAUCGUGGUCCUGCGACCCCUCCAGCUGCUGAGGCUGUUCAAGCUGAAGAAACGCUACAGGAACGUGCUGGACACCAUGUUUGAGCUGUUCCCUCGCAUGGCCAGCCUGGGGUUAACCCUGCUGAUCUUCUACUAUUGCUUUGCCAUUGUUGGCAUGGAGUUCUUUGCUGGCGUGGUCUACCCGAACUGCUGCAACACAAGCACGGUCGCAGAUUCCUACCGCUGGGUGAACCACACAGUUGGCAACAAAACAGUCGUGGAGGAAGGUUAUUACUAUCUCAACAACUUUGACAACAUUCUGAACAGCUUUGUGACACUGUUUGAGCUGACGGUGGUCAACGACUGGUACAUCAUCAUGGAAGGGGUGACAUCCCAAACCACUCACUGGAGCCGUCUGUACUUCAUGAUCUUCUACAUUGUGACCAUGGUGGUGAUGACAAUCAUCGUGGCUUUCAUCCUGGAUGCUUUUGUGUUCCGCAUGAACUACACUCGGAAGAACCAGGAUUCAGAAGAAGACAAUGGCAUUGUUCUGGAGAAGGAGAUCUCCAAGGAGGAGGUGAUUGGCAUAAUUGAGCUGUACAAGAGGACUUCAGCUGCCACUGAAACAGCUCAGCUGCAGAAGAUUGUGUUGCAGAUGGACAAAUAUGGGCAAAUGUCCACAGUGUUCCUGGGACGCAGGUCGAGGACCAAGAGUGACCUGAGUAUGAAGAUGUAUGAGGAGGAGAUCCAGGAAUGGUAUGAGGAGCACUCCAGGAAGGAGGAAUCUCAGCCACCAGUGCAAGAGGCUGCAUCUGCUCCCAGCAGCUCCCUGAAGCCCCUGAGCCUCCGGCAGCGCUCCCAGACUGUCAUUUAGGCCCAGCUAACACAGCCACCUUCUAUGCAAUAACCUAGAGUAUUCCUGCCCAGCCAGCCUGGAUUUUGGGAGGGUGUAUAUAGAUCUGUCAGUGUACCAGUGUAGGGAUCAAAUCUUGCCCCCAGCAGUGGUUGCUGAGAAGCCAGAGGCCCAGGGGGCUGGGGGGAAGGCUGCUGCACACAGAUGUGAUGCACAUCUGGGCAGAACAGAGCCCUUACCCCUCUGAGCCCCUUCCCAGGCUCCAGCUGCUGCUGUUGCUUGUCUUAGCACUAACAGACCUUGGGGAAAGGGAUGUGUAAUCCAUUAACAGCAGGGAAUUCGCUGAAGUCACCUGCUUAACAGUAAAACUUGGGCCCUUUUGGAAGAUCCCUGUUGCUCAAAGGGUACCACUAACCUAGGGACAAAAGAUCAGGGAGUGAGUUUUUGUUUCUGCUCCACCUUCCUUAUGCAAAGAAAGGGGAGGUGGUGUGAAAUCUCAGCACUUUUGGAAGGGCAGCCUGCCCUCCCCCUCCUUUUUGGCACUCCUAGAUGCACUCCAGCAGUAGCUCCAGCUCUGUAGUAGCUCCAGCUCUGAUUACUGAAUUUUGCUGUUCCCAAGUAGUUCUGAGGCAGAACUGAGGGCCAGCACCUCAUCAUGCUAUGGCCAUAGGUGGGGCAGGGCUUUGGGGACUGUCUCUGCAUCACUGCUGGUCAGUCCUGCCCGUGGCACUGUCUGGGCUUGGGGUCACCUCUGCAAACCCCAGAGCUCCUGUCUCUGCUCAGGGAGGGGGAUUCUGAGGGUGACAUGGCUGUGGGGCUCUGCCACUUGGCCACCUGCCCUGUGAAACCUCUCUGCCUGGUCCUUAGCUGGCAUAAAUGGCUGGGAAGGUUAAGCAGAGCUCCUGGGCAUCACACACUCCUGCUGAUCAGUCCUCAUCCCAGCUGAGCAAGUCCCAGCCCAGAGUGAGGCUCCCUUGCAGGAAUGUUUCUCAGGCUGGAAAAGUUCAGCUCAGUCAGGUGUUGGGAAGAUCCACUGAAGAGCUCUACUGUUCCCCUGGGUUGUGGGUGCAGGAGGAACGUGGAAGUCAAGGAUUCUUCUCACCUGUCUGCUUUUCUGCACCUGAGAACUGAGGGAUGAGGAGGAAGAGGGAGAAGGGAUCCCUUCCCAGCUCUGCCACGUUUGUGGGAUGGUGGCAGUUGUGUCACCUUUGAAGCUGUCUCUCCAAGUCCCUCUUCUCCCUGUCAGCACUGGAAGUUCUGAGGGCUGGAAGUCCCCGGCAGCUGGGAGGUUCCCUCACCUCUUGCUGUUUGAUUUUUCCUCAGGUUCAGAUUAAAGAGUGGAGCUUCCUGAGGAGGCUUCCCCCUUCUCCCAGUGCCCCAGGCAGUGGGAGAUGUGUGUCCCAAUCCCUUUGUCCCACAUGCCUGUCCUUGGUGGCCUCACCUCGUGGCACGAGGACAGCAGGAGAGGGCUGAUCCCACCUGGGCAGCUCAGGAGCAUUUCCUGGGUGGGUGAGACUUUCAGAGGGAGGCAAGACAGAGCUGCUUCUGGAAAUCUCUCCCUCCAUGGCACGGUGGGAGCACUUGGAAGGAGUGGGAGAGCAGCACACACGCACCAGUGGCUGCUCCCAGCCCUUGCCAAACUCCCUGGGUGCCUCACGGCAACUCUUUGUUUUCUUUCUGGAUACUUGCAGAUAUGAAACUACUUCUGAGCUGACCCAUGAAGGACCUUAAAGGGCUGUUUUCCAAACCAUAAAUUCAGCCACAAAUGAAGGAGCAGUGCAGUUGUUGCUCUUGCAGUUGCUCUGCGUGGAGUGGCAGCCCGGGAGGUUUAUGCAGAUUAGUCCUGGGGCUGCAGGAGAUGGUGUUUAUUGUGCUUUAACUUGUGGCCAGGCUGAAUGAGCAUUAUGAAGGUUAGUGGGGAAAAAAAUGUGGCUGUGGUUAAUCUCCACAUUCCCCUACAGCUGAUUUCUCCUGGCAGGGCUAUCAGUGACUUUUUUUUUUUUUUUUGGGGGUUUUCUGGGUGUGAAAAGAGCUGUGGCUUUAAGCUGUGCUGAGGAAGGCACUGAGGGCUGAUCAUGCAAUAAAGGGCUCCCUGGAGGGCUGGGGGUCAGGGUGCUGCCUCCAAGGUGUAGAUCCUCCCCCACAUACCCCCUGUGUUCAUUAUUUUUGUAUAACCAAGGAGGGCAGCAGCAGUUUGCUUCUUCCAUAUGACUUUGGAAGGAAACAAAGUUUGAGUACGGGGCAUCCCCUUCUAUUUAUCCUCCUCUCCCUCCCCCCACACACAGACUGACAAUGGAGACAAUCAUUUUGUAGGGAGCACGGGAGGAAGCACUGCAGGAUUUUGUAUGCUGGCGUUUUGUUUAUAAAAAAACCUGAUUUUAUGGACGUGUCUGUCAGAUGUUCUCUAGAUUUUUUUCAGGCGCACUAAUAAAGAGCAUCCUCGGCUUCGUAAAGGC